CUCGCGUCCAGAUAUCCGUGCGAAGAAGAUUAAAAGUCAUGUCCAACAAUUCCGAUAUCGAGGUCGACCCCAAAGUUCUUGCGAAUGACGACGAAGACUACGAAUCCGCCGGCUACAAUACGAGCACCCAGAGUUUAAGCUCGUCGAUCAACGCCUUCGUCUUCGAGAACGGUCGUCGCUACCACGUCUACUACGGCGCCGAGAAGAACCUCCUUCCCAACGAUGAAACAGAACAAGAUCGACUGGACAUGCACCAUGAGAUGAUGCUUCUCCUGCUGGGGGGAAGUCUUCACAAGGCGCCGUUGAAUAAUCCGCAGAAGAUACUGGAUGUGGGAACGGGUACCGGAGUUUGGGCUAUCGAUAUGGCGGAUAGGUAUCCGUCUGCUUGGGUUACCGGGAGUGAUCUGAGUCCCAUUCAACCAAAUUGGGUGCCCCCGAACUGCAACUUUGAAGUCGAUGAUGCGGAGAAGGAUUGGACGCACGCGGAGGACACGUUCGACUACGUUCACGCUCGCAACCUCGCGCAGUCCAUCACCGACUGGCCAAAACUCACGUCCGAAAUGUUCCGCUGUACCAAGCCGGGCGGAUACAUCGAGCUAGCAGAGCUUGGCUGCGAGCUCUACAGCGAUGACGGCACACUCGCCCCUGACAACGCGUUCAAACGUUCCUACGACCUCGUCAAUGCGGAAGCUUUACCACGUAUCGGCCGCCACGGAGCGAGAUUGGAGCGUAUGGCCGCGUUCCUCAAAAUGGCCGGCUGUGUGGAUAUCACGACGUCUACAUACAAGCAGCCGUACGGACUGUGGCCGAGGGAUCCGCGUCAGAAGCAGAUUGGUGCAAUUGCAAUGUUGGCGAUGGAAACUGGUAUCGAGGCCUACGUUAUGGCUGCGGCUACCAGGAUUAUGGGUAUGGAGGCGGAGGAGGCGCAGAAGCUGUGUGCUGAGGCGUGGAAGAGUUGUAAGAACAAGAAUCAUCAUGUUUACACAAACUUCUACGUCGUGUACGGCAAGAAGCCGAUGGACUGAUUGGAAAGGAGUUUCGUAUGCUCGGGUUUCGAACAUUUGUUUUCGUUACGCAUUCGGGCGAUUAGGGGA